AUCAUUAAAAGGGCAUCGUGGUUGAGGUUUGGCUAGGCUGGCAUUACAGCAAUGGCCUCCCUGAGGUCCCUCAACCGCUUCAGGGCUCUUGUUCUUCUCUUCUCCCUCCUAUCAGAUUUAUCUGUUGGCGUACUCAGCCUUGGAAUUGGGAUAAAUUAUGGCCAAAUAGCCAACAAUCUCCCUUCACCGUCCCGGGUUGCUGUUCUCCUUAGAUCUCUCAAUAUAAGCAGGGUGAAGCUAUAUGAUGCAGAUCCAAAUGUGUUGAGUGCUUUCUCCAAUUCCAAUGUUGAUUUUGUCAUUGGAUUAGGGAAUGAAAAUCUUCAAGCAAUGACUGAUCCUGGUCAGGCUCAAACUUGGAUUCAGCAACAUGUUCAACCAUACCUUUCUCAGACUAAGAUCACUUGUAUCACUGUUGGAAAUGAGGUCCUAACUGGGAAUGAUACCCAGAUGAAAUCUCACCUCCUCCCUGCAAUGCAAACUGUCAAUAGUGCUCUUAAUAAUCUCGGGCUCAGUCGAGAGGUCUAUGUAACAACUGCUCAUUCAACAGGCAUAUUAGGUAACUCCUUCCCACCUUCCUCAGGGUCAUUCCGACAAGAUCUUGCAGAAUAUAUCCAGCCUAUCCUCAGUUUUCAUUCUCAGACAAAUUCACCAUUCCUCAUAAACGCGUAUCCCUUCUUUGCGUACAAAGGUAGCCCCGAUCAAGUCUCAUUGGAAUAUGUGCUAUUCCAGCCAAAUCCAGGAAUUCGCGAUCCAGUUACAAAUUUAAACUAUGAUAACAUGUUAUAUGCACAAAUUGAUGCCGUUUACUCGGCUAUGAAAGCACUGGGCCAUACAGACGUUCAAGUUAAAAUAUCUGAAACAGGAUGGCCAUCAAAGGGGGACCCAGAUGAGGUAGGAGCUACUGCCGAGAAUGCUGCAUUGUAUAAUGGCAAUUUGCUGCAACGGAUCGAACAGAACGAAGGUACCCCUGCAAAUCCAUCGAUACCAAUUGAUGUCUAUGUUUUUGCACUUUUCAACGAGGAUUUGAAGCCCGGUCCAGCAUCGGAGAGGAAUUAUGGUCUGCUUUACCCAGAUGGUUCUCCAGUUUAUCGGAUUGGGUUGCAGUUGCUGGAGCAACAGCAGGGAUAUCUCCCCCAUAUCGAUUAUUCAUCUUCUGGUCAACAGAAUACCGUUUAUUCCAGUUUUUCUCUUCUGCUGAUUGCAUUAGCAUUCUUAAUAUGAGCUUCAGAACGGGAGACGCUCAAAUUAAAAGCCAGAGAAAGGCGAUGGGAACAGGAGGAGCCUCUGAAGAACCUCAGGGAUGUUUACCACCCACUUACAAGAUCAAUUCUUUUGCUCGGUUCAUGAAUUCUUUGACCAUCCAUUUGGAACUUAAUAGUAAUAAGUAGUCAAGGUGGCUCAACUGGAAGCAGGACUAGAACUAUAGCAAUUGAUAGCACUUGGUAGCAGUUUUGUCUUUUAAAUUCCCUAUAUCUGUACAUACUCUACCAAUACCAAAAUUUUAUGAGUUUGUAAUGAGGGAACAUCCAUCAAUUGAUCUGUUAUAGACUCUCUAUUUUUACCAUUGAUCUGCAAAUCUUUGUUA